AUGAUGGACUGUAGGACAGGACUGCUGCUUUUAACUCUCUGUUAUACAGUUGUUGAUGGAGUGACUCUGACUGAGUCUGGACCUGUGGUCAAAAGACCUGGAGAAUCCCACAAACUGACCUGUUCAGCCUCUGGAUUCACUUUCAGCAGCUAUCACAUGGACUGGAUCAGACAGGCUCCUGGAAAAGGACUGGAGUGGAUCGCUUGGAUCCAGCAUGACAGCGGCAGCAUGUACUACUCAGAGUCAGUGAAAACCCGCUUCACCAUCUCCAGAGACAACAGCAGAGAGCAGGUGUAUCUGCAGAUGAACAGUCUGAGAGCUGAGGAUUCUGCUGUUUAUUACUGCGCUCGGGAGACACAGGCUUUUUUUUAUUUUGACUACUGGGGAAAAGGAACAACAGUGACUGUAACCUCAGCCACUCCUCAGACUCCAGAUGUGUUUCCUCUGAUACCAUGUGGCUCUCCAAGUGGAGACACAGUCACUCUUGGCUGCAUUGCCACCGGUUUCACCCCCUCUUCAUGGAAGUUCUCGUGGAAACUCGGCACCGACAGUUUGGAAAACGUCACCCAGUACCCUUCAAUCCCGGAUAAUGACAAAUAUUUGGGAAUCAGUCAGGUUCAAGUCAGCCGACAGGACUGGGACGCUAAAAAGACUUUCCAGUGUGUUGCCUCUUAUCGAGACCUAAACAGUAAUACUAAUGUGAAUAAACCAGAGCUGCGCGUCGUUUCUCCAAACAUCAGCCUGUAUCCUGUCUGGGAAGGUCAGUUUGGAGUCUCACAGGUCAGACUCAUCUGCACCCUGAACGGUUACUUUCCCAAAAACCUGAGUGUGGAGUGGCAGCAGAACAACCAGCAGCUGACACGGAUCCAGCCCACAGAAAGACAUCUGCAGAGUGUGGAGGGGGGAGAGAAAACCUACAGUCUGACCUCUGAGAUUGAGCCAAACAUGGAAGAGUGGACAAGAGGCUCCAACUUUACCUGCAAGUUCAUUCACAAGGAGAGCAGAGAUGAAAAGACAACAAGUAUUUGUCACAUCUUUGGAUUCAAUCCUCCUUCCAUUCAUGUGGAGAUUCCCAGCUUCAAGACAGUGAUGAUGACCAACUCUGAUGUGAAAGCUACAUGCUUCAUCCACAAUGUUGAUGCUGAGCUGGUCUGGUUAAUGGACGGGAAAACACCAUCCACUGACAAAAUCAAAAAUACCUCAAACAAAACCACAGUAAUCAGUGAACUGACAGUUCCAUCCAGCAGCUGGAAAAACCUGAAGCUUCUGAAAUGUAAAGUUCAGCAUCACUGCUUUACUGCUGAGAAGAUUGUAGAGGUUUCAGGUCCUUCAGUUCCAGCUCCUCAGGUGAACAUCAGGAGAUCUCUGUCAGACCUGCAGAAACAACACGAUGACUUCAAGCUGCACUGUGACCUUUCACAGCUCUCCUCACAGCAUAUCUAUGUCACACUUCAGUCUAAAGGAGCUGACAUUUCUGACAAACAGUAUGUUGAUCUUCCUGAAGCUCCAGCCUCACAUACAGUCAGUGUCAGCUUCUCUGUUCCUCAGUCCUACUGGAAGAGUGACCAGAGUUUCAGCUGCAAAGUCCAUCAAGGCUUUUCCAGUCAGUCUUUUGAGUCCAAAGCCAUCAGUGUUUCUGCAGAUCCAUCAGUGGAAGUCCUUCAGGUCUCCAGUAAAGAGUCAGGAAAACAGAAACUCUUGUGUUCUGGAUCAGGCUUUAAUCCACACAUUAAUUGGUUUUCAGACUCAGAGUCAAAAUCUGCAUCGAGCACAGACGUCAGCAUGGAUCCAAAUGGACGUGUGACUGUAAUCAGUCGACUGGAUGUUCUUCAGACUGAGUGGAAAACAGGGAAGACCUUCACCUGUGAAGUGUUUGACAGGUUUCUAGAAAAAAGCGAUAAAAAAGACAUCAGCCUGUGUUCAGUCUUUGGAUUCAAUCCUCCUUCCUUUCAUGUGGAGAUUCCCAGCUUCAAGACAGUGAUGAUGACCAACUCUGAUGUGAAAGCUACAUGCUUCCUCCACAAUGUUGAUGCUGAGCUGGUCUGGUUAAUGGACGGUAAACAACCAUCCACUGACAGAGUGAAUGAAUUCUCAAACAAAACCACAGUAAUCAGUGAACUGACAGUUCCAUCCAGCAGCUGGAAAAACCUGAAGCUUCUGAAAUGUAAAGUUCAGCAUCACUGCUUUACUGCUGAGAAGACUGUAGAGGUUUCAGGUCCUUCCGUUCCAGCUCCUCAGGUGAACAUCAGGAGAUCUCUGUCAGACCUGCAGAAACAACACAAUGACUUCAAGCUACACUGUGACCUUUCACAGCUCUCCUCACAGCAUAUCUAUGUCACACUUCAGUCUAAAGGAGCUGACAUUUCUGACAAACAGUAUGUUGAUCUUCCUGAAGCUCCAGCCUCACAUACAGUCAGUGUCAGCUUCUCUGUUCCUCAGUCCUACUGGAAGAGUGACCAGAGUUUCAGCUGCAAAGUCCAUCAAGGCUUUUCCAGUCAGUCUUUUGAGUCCAAAGCCAUCAGUGUUUCUGCAGAUCCAUCAGUGGAAGUCCUUCAGGUCUCCAGUAGAGAGUCAGGAAAACAGAAACUCUUGUGUUCUGGAUCAGGCUUUAAUCCACAAAUUAAUUGGUUCUUUAACUUGGAGCCAAAAUCAGCAUCAAGCACAGACGUCAGCAUGGAUCCAAAUGGACGUGUGACUGUAAUCAGUCGACUGGAUGUUCUUCAGACUGAGUGGAAAACAGGGAAGACCUUCACCUGUGAAGUGUUUGAUGGGUUUCUAAAUAAACGUAUCAAAAAGGACAUCAACAUCAGUUCAGACUUUAAUCCUCCAACUGUGAGGAUUGUGGAACCAACUGCUGCUGAACUGUCCGUGUCUGACAUUCUCACACUAACCUGCUUAGUUUCUGGUUAUUUCCCAUCUACCAUCACGGUGCAUUGGAAGGAGAAUGGUCAGAAACUCUCAUCUUCUCGUUACAUUAACAGUCCUUCAUUCAAGGAUUCAGACAGCAGCUCUUAUUCAAUGAGAAGCAGACUGAAUGUGUCUCAAAUGAAUGACAAGAAGUCAACUUAUACUUGUUUUGUGAGACAUGAAUCCUCCAAGACUCCAUUUGAAACCAGUAUAAAGGAUGUUUUUGCCUCAGUGAUCCACAGUGAACCAUCAGCCGUCCUGCUCCAGGGUUCAAAUGAACUUGUGUGUCUGGUCUUUGGCUUCAGUCCUGCAUCCAUUAACAUCACCUGGAUUCGUGAUGGAAGCACAGAGCUGUGGAACUACAAUAACAGUCAUCCCUACAGAGGCCCGGAUGGAAAGUUCUGCAUCCAAAGCUUCCUCCGUCUGUCUCCAGUUGACUCCUUACCCGGGGUGAACCUCACCUGCAGAGUGACACAUGGAAACACCACUCUGUCUGUGAAUGUCUCCAGAACAGACACGUUGGAACAAUGUCAUUUCUUUGAUGACAUCUUGCAUGUUGAUAUGAGCCAAGACACAGUCAUGCAAGCUUGGGGUGUGGCCAUUUUCUUCCUCCUCUUAUUCUUCAUCUCCAUCAUCUUUUCUGCUGUCAUCACAUCUUUGAAGACCAAAUGAAGGUGAUGAAAGGGUGAUCCAUUUUUUCUGCUGGAAUCUCAAGAUUUUUGAUGACAUUUGACUUGUUUUUCUUUAAUCUUGUUGAUUUUAUAUCUUUUAUUUUCUUUAACUUUUAUAACAGUGGCUGACGUUUUAUUAAUUUACCUUCUUAUUAAAUCUCUGUAUUUAAGGUA